CGUUCUCCCUCCGAUGACGUAGGACGUAAACACAGAUCAGCUGAGGCGAGGAUGGCGCCGUGAACGUCUCCUGCAAUCUUGACGAACGAGAGACAACAGUGAAGUCUUCAUGCCACUCUCGCCUCAUUUAGCGGACGGAAAUGCGGGUUCCCAGGCUGAUCAGAACCCUUCCGAUGAGGAAACAAACCGUGAUAGGAACGCUGGUUGCCGUUACACUCCUCUUCAUUAUUUACCAGAUUAAUUUCGUGGCAGAGCUCGGCGAGUCGGCCAAGGCUCGAAAUCAGCAGCAGAAGCUAACGAAAGAAAGCGAUAAGAAGGGUGAGGCAGUUGAAAGGAAGAGGGUUCACCCGAGGGACGUCCGUGUGCCCAAAGAUGCCCAAGCUAGUUCGAAGGCAGAGGAGAGGAUGGACAAAAUGCACAGCCCAAAUCUCAAAAAAACACACACUCAGGCCAAAGUAGAGCAGGCGAAGGAGGCAGGUUUCACUUGCCGUGCAUCUGGCCGAGUCAUUUCACAAGACAAGGUUAAUGAUGACUACUGUGACUGUCCGGAAGAUGGAUCGGAUGAGCCGAGGACUAACGCUUGCACGAACUCGAAAUUUAGGUGUCAGAAAGUCAUAAAGGGAUUCUUUAGUGUGAUUCCUUCUGCCUGGGUAAACGAUGGAGUGUGCGACUGUUGUGACGGAUCAGACGAGUGGCUCCAGAAGAAAAUGGACUUAAUUAUAUCAAGGGAAACCCAGAAGAAAGUUGGCCGCUAUCUGUCCCCAUGUCCAAAGGUGUGUUAGGACUGAAGUUAGUAUAUCUGUUCCUAUCUUCCUUUAGAAGGUGGAAAAUGUAUCUUGAGUAAAUGAAAAGAACUUCUAUGAGUAAUGUCUGUACAAAAGCUAAAGGAUUUUCUAAGUAGUCCCAAGAAUAUCAGAAUUUUAAAAAAAUAUUCCAAAAAUAUUCCAUAAAUAGAUGCAUUAUGACUGGUAACCAUGUAAGAGGUUAGAUAGUCUAUGAAAAUGUAAAUAUUUACUGAAUAGUAUUGAAAAUUUGUAAGAAGUUAAUGUUUGAGAUAUUCUGUUUGUAACUCUUGGCAUGAAAGCUUAUUAAAUUUUUUCUUUAUGUAUGUAUAUAUAGUAUUUUUACUACUUUUUAUUUAUUAUAUUUGAUUUAUGCAAAGGUGUGUCAUAACAGCAAAUGUGUUUGGAUGUGUUUCUUCCUAUUGACAGCAAAGACACUUUUUAAAGAUUUAUUGCCGUUAGGUUUAUUUUUGUUUACUUGUCAGUUUUAUUUUAUAUUUGUCUUUAAAGUAUUUCAGAAUAUAUUUUGACUUUGGGUGUGUUGGAAUACAUGAACUUAUUAAUGAGGUGUAACAUUCCAUUAUAUGUAGGUUUGUGACUGCAAAGUAUAUUAGAGAGCAAAUAAAAAAUUGUUGCUUUCAUAUGGAUCAUAUAGCUAUAUUUUAGUAAUAAUGGAAGUCAGAGAAAUGUUUGGACAAAGUAUUUAUUGCAGGUUACAUUUCAGAGUCUGUAUGUAUGUUGGCUGUCUUUUCCAUACGAGGGAUAAGCAGAUUAGCAUAUGUAACAUUGCACCAUUUAACUUUCAUAGGGUACUUUAGAAUAAUAUAUUGUACUGCGUAAAGUGAAAAUAGUGCAUUAAACCUUAAAUGAUGUUAAAUAGUUUUGUUUUUGAUAUAUAUCAUUAAGAUUACCAUAUUGUUGUAUUAUAUUUAGUACACUUUUAUAGAACAAUGCUAGUAUAAUUUAUAUGUAUUUUUGUGUGAUGGAAUUUUAUCACUUGGUUCUCCAAUUUGUUGUGGUUGGCAUUUCUCUGUAUAUUUAUGUUCAGAAAUUCAGAACAUGAAGCAAAGUGAAGCUUCAGUAGAUGCCAAGGCUCUGAGACUCUUAAUGAUCUGGAUUUUAUUCCUUUUUUUUUCAUCAGUGCACUAAAUUAAAUUUUACAACCUGUACCAUUGUUGGAAAAUUUGUUUUAAUAAAACUUCCUGGUGAUUAAACAUUUAUAAAAUCUU